GAUCGUGCUCGUGCGUGGUGCGUGUUUUUUAAGUUUUCCAAGUUUUUCUUAAACUUUUAGAGUUGUUCCUGAAGAUUAUGGCCACUCCGGUGGACCAUGUGCUGCACGAUCGAGAGGUCAACUAGUUUCCCGGUACCGAGUCGUUUUGCAUCUCGCUGGAAUCUUCGUAUUCGAUCCAACAGAUGAUCUUAUCUGAUGAUGAGUUGCGUUGCACGCAAGGUUGCACCCGGUUGUCACGGCUUUAUAGAAGACGCAUCUUGGAGAAAUACGCGAAAAUCGAGGUGAUCUUCAAAGCCAACGGAACGUCCAGAGUUCGACUCGGUUUGCAACCACGACGUCUAACGGUCGAGUGCAAAAAACUUCCGUUGAUUGGCGCUGCUGGAGGUAGCGAAACGGGACCUGCAGAACCAGGGGCAGAACCCGAACCGGAAACGAGCGCAGAAUCAGAGCCACCGACCGCCACCGGAGCCCGCUACGGAACUAGAACCGGAAAGCACCUGCUUCGGAACCAUCGGCCGAACCAGGACCGCAUCCAAGGCCCGAGGUGUCCUCCAAACCGGAACCGGAAAGUACUUCCGAGCCGGGAUCAUCCUCAGAAAGUACCUCGGAACCAGAAGGCAGAAAAUGGAACUCAAGUCCAAGAAGAUAAAGCGUGCCACCGGAGACUCCCGUCCACCAGCGAGCGAGAACCCGAGCCAACAUUCGAGCUGGAGCCCAAAUCGAAACCCAAAACAAUGCCGUCCUCUGUGUCGGAACCCAUGGCCGAAAUCACGGCCAAACCCAAACCAAAAAACCACCAACACACGUGGACGUGGACUCCGCGGCACGACUUCAACGUGAUGGACUGCACAGACAUCGUGAUCGGAACAGCCCGCGAGGAAACUUACCGCGUGUGUGACUACUACACCCGUGAUCGGUCCACACCGCGAGGACUUUCUGGAGGACAAGUCGGAUCUGACCGCCACCGGAGGGUUCGAGGUGGACGGCACCACGGCGAUCGUCACAGUGUAUGUCAGCCGAAGCGAGUCGCUACAGUGAAACUAACACCAUUUUUCGACCACACAACUCUUUACUCGAACCGGCUGGACACCGGUGAUUGUACGUGCUGUGACCACGUGGAGGUCGCUGACUAUCUGCACGACUCCAAGCCGACACGCGGCGACUCCGAGGUCGCUGGAGAUCUACACGACGAUCUGCACGACUCCAAGAGGACAUCUAACGGUGGCCACAACCGUUUGCUACCGUUCAGACCACCCGAGAAGGACGACAUCAACGUGUCUGACACGUGCCAAGACGGAUCGUCACGUGGACUGAAGAGGCUGCGCAACUGUUCGUUUCUACCGGUGAGUGCUAAAGAAUAG